AUGUCACCAAACAACUCUUUCCUUUCACGAUUACGAUUAUGCAGUCGUCGCCAUCGUCAGCAAGAACAGCAGCAAACAAAUUCUGAUCAACAAAUGUUAUUUUCUCACACUUCGUCUACACCAGCAAAUACAUCAGUAACAACUGCUAGACGUUCUCUGCCUUCGUACACGAAACGAUUUGAACGUAAUUAUGUAUCCGCUUCUUGUUCGAUGUUUGCUAUUGCGGCGCUAGCUGUUUCUUUGGCGGAUUAUCGUUGGUUUUGGUUAAAUGGUGGCGGAUGUAAUUCAAAGUAUAUCGGAUUAAGCAUGUUUUUUGCUGUGGGCAAAUUAUAUGUCGUACGAUCAAACGCACCAUGGGAUCCAUCGGUUCCAAAUGAUAUUUAUGAAUUUAAAGUUAAUGAUUAUUUAGUUCUUCUUUGCACCAUAAUCAGCGGAUUGUGUUUUUGGGCGUCUGAAUUGAUUUAUGAUAUUCAAGAUAAAAAUCGUUCAAAAAUUGGCAAAAAAGUUGAAGUUCAUUUUGAUGUUGCCUAUUAUUUGGUUGUUAUAUCGAGCGGGUUAUCUUUAUUAGCAGCCACAUUUGCACUGUUAAGAAGAUAUCCAACAUCUGAGGAAGAACAUUUUGAAAGACUUAUGGACGAUUGGUCUCGUAGAGAAGAACCGCUAUUUAUUGAACGUGCUUUACCAGCAACUACUCCAUCAUCAAUUGCAGACGAGCCACCACCACUCUAUUCGGCCAAUCAAGCCAUUGCAGACUAUUUAGCAUCAAGCGGGUAUCCGACUUCAUAUAAAGAAUUUUGUCAAGAAGCAAAUAUUGUACGACCAGCCAAUGAAGCCAGUGAUAAAAAAGAUCAACUUGAAAAGAAAUGGACAUCUGUUAUACGAUUACAGAAAAAGGUGAUGGAUCUCGAAACAAAAUUACAUGAAGCACAACAAGAAGCCACAGUAGGAGGACCCACUCGUGAUAAACGUUUACCAACUGAAUGGGUGCCUCGUCCUCCAGAAAAAUUUGAGUUGAAAGGACAUCGUGAUCCAGUAACACGUGUUGUCUUUCAUCCAACGUUUUCACUACUAGCAUCGGCGAGUGAAGAUGCAACAAUUAAACUAUGGGAUUAUGAAACGGGUGAUCAUGAACGAACAUUAAAAGGACAUACAGCCCCGGUACAAGAUAUUGCAUUUGAUCAUACCGGAAAAUGGCUUGUUUCUUGCUCCGCCGAUAUGAGUGUAAGACUAUGGGAUUUGCAAUCAUAUCAGUGUGUGAAAACAAUGCAUGGGCAUGAUCACAAUGUGUCUUCGGUUACAUUCACCCCAAGUGGUGAUCAUAUUAUUUCCAGUAGUAGAGAUAAAUCAAUCAAAGUUUGGGAAGUGUCAACGACUUUUUGUAUCAAAACUAUAACCGGUCACAGAGAGUGGGUGAGAAUGGUGCGUGUUUAUCAUGAUGGUUCUCUAAUAGCUAGUUGUUCAAAUGAUCAUACUGUUCGCGUAUGGGUAAUGUCAAGUGGAGAUUGUAAAGCAGAAUUGCGUGGGCAUGAUAAUGCAAUUGAAUGUAUAGCAUGGGCACCUGAAACUUCUGGACCACAUAUUGCUGAAGCAGCUGGAGGAGAUGUGCAAAAACGAUCCGGACCUUAUCUAGUAUCUGGUGCACGUGAUAAAGUUAUUAAAAUGUGGGAUGUUGGUAACGGACUUUGUCUUUUUACUCUGAAUGGACACGAUAAUUGGGUUCGUGGAUUAAUAUUUCAUCCAGGUGGAAAGUUUCUUUUAAGUUGCUCGGACGAUAAAACAUUACGUAUAUGGGAUAUCAAAAAUAAACGUAAUACGAAAACAAUCGAAGCACAUUCACAUUUUUGCACAUCUCUCGAUAUGCAUCGAAAUAAACCUUAUGUAAUCACUGGUAGUGUUGAUUCAACGAUCAAAGUGUGGGAAUGUCGUUAG